AUGCCCCCCCUUCGCGCACACAGCCCCCAAUCCCCUACAUCUCCAAUGCGUCCCAAGAAGACCGCAGUGCUCCCAGGCUUUCGCCCACCUCCAAAGCCAAAGCCCAAAUCCAUCUCCCAAAUGACUGUGCGAGAACUACACGACCAGCACGAUCAGAAUGCAAAACUCUUAAACUCCUCGUACGUGGAUUUUUUACCCCCAGCCUGCACGUCUGCUCUCGGACAACGUCUUUCGGCUGAGCAAGCAGCCAUCGAAUCUCGCCUGCUCGAACUCGAGGGCAUCGAAGAAAUUCGAAACGGUCUUAAGAAGACCAACAUUAAUGCCGACGAGAUCAUGAUUGUCGACCAGCCGCGUAUGCCUCGUGUAAUCGAUGCCAAGCACAGGGCAUUGUCCCGCUACGCACCCAUCGCACCAAAUGGUACUCAACAGGUCGGCUCCCUGAGUUUACAGGAAGCAGUAGAGCUGGAGCAACGCGCCCAUGCCCAAGACGCAGCGAGACAACAACGAUCAGAUGAACGUAAGAGGCGCAUAGGGCUCCCAAUCAGAGGGGAAGUCCUUUCCAGAGCGGAAAUGGAUGCACGAAUGCGGGCAUUCAUCAACUACAAGCCGACGGACUCUGACCUCGAAGACGAUAUGGAUGAAGACGAUGAAGACGAUGAAGACCCGUCAACAUGGUUUGAAGACGACCAGGAUGAUGGUGUCAAAGGUCAAGACAUUAUCGAACCGGACUACGAAGAAAUCUCUAGCAUUAUACGGGUUGAUGAAAGCAGAGCACGAUACAGCACCUUUUUCGAACCUAGGGAUGGUGAUUGA